AUGACUGACGAGGGGAAGCCAUCAAAAACCUGUGACAACAAAUUGGUCACUCACUCCGGUCCCGAAACCACCGAUUUCAAGCGCUUAUCAGUAGAAGAAAAGUUAGAUGACGCAGUCCUGGAUCCCGACGUGGUCGACUUUGAUGGACCCAAUGACCCGAAAAACCCCAUGAACUGGUCUUCAGGCAAGAAGGCAGCCGCCAUUACAAUGGUGACAAUGGUGACGCUGCUCUCACCCAUCGGUUCAACAAUUAGCUCCUCUGCUGCGGGCGAUAUCAUGGUGUAUUUCAACACUACCAACGAGACACUCCUGGCAUUUGCGACCACAAUAUAUCUGUUAGGUUACGCGUUCGGUCCCAUCAUGAUUGCCCCCCUAUCUGAGAUGUACGGACGCGCAAGUCUGUACAAGAUUUGCAUCGUCCUGUUCCUCAUCUUCAACGUGGCUUGCGCCGUGGCUAAUAACCUCUCAACGGGCUCUAUAGCCGAUAUGGUGCCGCGGGAGAAACGUGCGGGAGCCAUGGCAGCCUAUGUGAUCGGUGCUGUUCUUGGACCGUCCGUGGGGCCCAUCGUCGGCGGCUACCUGACGCCCGCGCGGCGCGUCGGGCCUGGCGACAUUGGAGGAAUUUUCGUGCCCAUCGGGCUGUUCUGGUACGCCUGGACGGCUGAGGGCAAGCUGUACUGGAUCGUUCCCAUCAUCGGAACCGGCUUCAUCAGUGGCGGUAUGGUUAUUACAUACAUGACCAGCACCUUGUAUCUUGUCGACGCAUACACCGUCUAUGUUGCCUCAGUGACAGCUUCGAGCACCAUUUUCCACUGUCUUUUUGCAACAUUUCUGCGCCUAGCAGGCCCUGCUAUGUAUGGCAAGCUGGGGAUUGGUUGGGGAACUUCGAUCCUUGGAUUCAUUGCUGUUGCAUUUAUUCCACUUCCUUUCAUCUUUUAUAUUUAUGGCCAGCGAUUGCAACAGAACCAGCUUGAGAAUCGACGGCAAGCAACCUCUGUCGCCAUACCCUCACCACUACCAGUAUCACUUCCACAGCCCGCUGUGGCUACCACGGGCCAAGGAGAUUUGCUGGCUCAGAUACAGAACCUUCGAAAGCUGGCAGAGGACCUGGAAAAGCGAGUUACGGACCAGACCACCACCGCUUCCCUCCAGCAGCAUAGAAAUGGCUCCAAUUUCUCCUUGCCGGAGUCACCUUCUAGCUUCGCCUCGCUGCGGGUGGAUACAGGCGCGCCUGUAUCGUCUGGGUUUGGCCCGGUGAGCGAGGAGUUGGUCGCUCGUCUCAAAUGCAUAUCCAUAGGCCAGGGCUCCUAUGAGCCCGUCGAUGUCGACGACUUGGUGUUCAGGGUCGAUCACAUCCGGGCUAUUCCCCUGGAACGCAGCCUUAUGAUGCAGCCUGGCAGAUCCAGUGGAUGUGUAUUGCUGCCGCAACAUGACGAGGCCAGAGUGCUUGUUGACAAAUUUAUCAACAGCGCGAGCUACAUCCAUCAUGUUGUCCAUCACCCUUCGCUGCCUGGAGUAAUCGACGAGCUGUACCGGCAGAUCGCCCGUCAAGAGCCCGUUAAACUUGGUCACGUCGUCCUGCUUUUCAGCAUUGUUGCCAGCGUAACGCAUGUAUGGGGGCCACAUGAUGAUAUCGGCUAUGAGGAUUUUCUCUUCUCGUCUUCGGCCCAGGCUAAUGCGCAAACUGCUUUCUGGAUCAAGGAGACGUAUGAUAUACUCAAUGGCGGAAGUAACGGUCCGCCUAUUGCGCAGGAGACCAUCCAGGGGAUUAUUAUUCUAUCUUUCCUACUCUGCAAUCUCGAAGGCGUCUCGCUGCGAUAUCGUUCCUUAAUUUCCACAGGGCUAUUGCUGGGUCGUGAGAUGGGUCUUCAACGCACCGACCAUAAGUCAAAUGUGACCGUUCCGAAUACUAUAUCGGUCGAGAUAGGCCGUCGGGUGUGGUGGUUCAUGGCGAAGGCGAUAUUGAAACCGUGCGAAUUCUUGUAA